AUGCCCAGUUGCUCAUGGCCUCUCGCCGAAUUCGACAUGUUUAAAGUUAAUUUAUUUCUAUUCAUUGUUCUAUCGACUUCCCUUAUUGCGGCUCCAAUUGACAAACGGCAAGUAUAUGUUGGAAUCGUUCCAAUUUUCGAUAAACGCACAACGAACGAGCCCAUCACAUUCACGUUUACAACGGCCGACCCGCGAAUGGCCAACGAGAUCAAAAAUUUCCCGACACUCAAUCCGUUUGCUUCCUCCGAUUUACAGCCCAUUCUCACCAACAAUAAUUUCGAUUUUCGACCAAAAGAAUUCAAGUAUGAAGUCAAAAUGCCGACGCUGACUACUCCCAUGUAUGCCCAAUUACAGCAAUAUAAAUCCAAGCAAGCAUCCCUUCAACAAAACGUCUACGCAACAUAUCGGACCAUUUGGAAAGACAUUGUCGAGAAUUGGAUGAAGAUGCGGAAUAAAUUGAUUUCUGAAAAUGUAGCGCACGAUUGGGCUUCAGUGUGGCAAAAAUUUACCGAUUCUGUUGAGCCUUACUUGAGCAGAAUCACUACCCAACUGGCGAAUUUGAUUGAUGUAUUUUUCAGGCAUCAGCAAGAGCAAAAAAUCAACGAAAUCCCGUUUCAUUAA